UCCAAGAUGGCGGACGCGGGUGCAGGCAGCUUACCUGGGGGAGACUCGGCGCUACCCCCACCUCCGCCGCCGCCUCCCCCAGAAGAGCAGGAGCUGAGCCAGCGCCUCCGACGCCUGUACCCGGCUGUCAACCAGGCCGAGACUCCGCUGCCGCGCGCCUGGAGCCCCAAGGACAAGUAUAACUACAUCGGCCUCUCUCAAGGCAACCUGCGCGUUCACUACAAAGGCCACGGAAAAAAUCACAAGGAUGCUGCCUCAGUGAGGGCCACCCACCCUAUCCCUGCAGCCUGUGGCAUUUAUUACUUUGAAGUGAAGAUAGUCAGUAAAGGCAGAGAUGGGUACAUGGGGAUAGGACUCUCAGCCCAAGGUGUCAACGUGAACAGACUUCCUGGUUGGGAUAAACAUUCCUAUGGCUACCACGGUGACGAUGGAUACUCCUUCUGCUCUUCAGGGACAGGCCAGCCCUACGGCCCGACGUUCACUACUGGAGAUGUGAUUGGCUGUUGCGUGAACCUCAUCAACAACACCUGCUUCUACACAAAGAACGGACACAGCUUAGGUAUAGCCUUUACAGACCUCCCUGCCAAUCUGUAUCCCACCGUGGGGCUUCAGACGCCUGGAGAGAUAGUGGACGCCAACUUUGGGCAGCAGCCCUUCGUGUUCGACAUUGAAGAUUACAUGCGGGAGUGGCGAGCAAAGAUUCAAGGCACCAUCAAGCGUUUUCCCAUAGGCGACCGGUUAGGUGAAUGGCAAGCCAUGUUGCAGAAUAUGGUUUCUUCUUACCUGGUGCAUCACGGGUACUGUGCCACAGCGACUGCCUUUGCUAGGGUGACAGAGAGCACAAUCCAGGAAGAACAGAUCUCCAUAAAGAACAGACAAAGAAUACAGAAGCUGGUCUUGGCAGGAAGAGUGGGAGAAGCCAUUGAAGCCACACAACAAUUGUACCCAGGACUCCUAGAGCACAACCCUAACCUUCUGUUCAUGUUAAAGUGCCGGCAGUUUGUGGAGAUGGUGAAUGGGACAGACAGCGAAGUACGUUGUUUCAGUGCCCGCAGCCCCAAAUCCCAGGACAGCUACCCUGAUUCCCCCAACCUGAGCCCCAGGCACGGCUCUAACAAUUUGCACAUUCACAGCACUGGAGCGGACAGCCCGAGCUGUAGCAAUGGAGUUACCUCCCUGAAAAACAAACAGAGCCACAGUAAAUAUCCAGCACUGAGCUCAUCUUCGUCAUCCUCUUCCUCAUCGUCCCCUUCGUCAGUCAACUACUCAGAGUCCAAUUCCACAGAUUCCACCAAGUCCCAGCAGCACAGCAGCACCAGCAACCAAGAGACCAGCGACAGUGAGAUGGAGAUGGAGGCAGAGCAUUACCCAAACGGAGUCCUGGAGAAUUCUGCGACAAGGAUAAUGAACGGCACUUACAAGCACGAAGAGAUCCUGCAGACGGACGACUCCAGCAUGGAAGACAGCUGUCCCCAGAGGCAGCUCUGCGGGGGGAACCAUGCUGCCACUGAGCGAAUGAUCCAGUUUGGGCGGGAGCUGCAGACCUUGAGUGAGCAGCUCUGCCGAGAGUACGGGAAGAACACAUCACACAAAAAAAUGUUGCAGGAUGCAUUCAGUUUGCUUGCCUACUCAGAUCCGUGGAACUGUCCUGUCGGUCAGCAGCUGGAUCCAAUCCAGAGGGAACCAGUGUGUGCUGCACUUAAUAGCGCUAUAUUGGAGUCUCAGAACCUGCCAAAGCAGCCCCCGCUGCUGCUUGCCCUGGGCCAGGCCUCGGAGUGCUUGCGGCUCAUGGCUCGUGUGGGCUUGGGCUCUUGCUCGUUUGCCAGAGUGGAUGACUAUUUGCACUAGCCACUGAGUGAGACAGAGUGACCCCCCUCCCCGUGCUGCCGCCUCCACCACCUUUCUCUCUGCCUCGCAUCCUCCCCUCUCCCCCCUUCGAACCUCCCCACACGCUGCCCAGUGGAAGGACACAUUGCUGACCAAGGGAAUUCCUUGCCGCGCCUUCGUUCCUCGCCCCUGGAAACUGUCAGCAGGGCCUUCGUCACCGCAGUCCCGCUCCGCCCUGCAAGCCGUUGCAGCGUUCAGUAUUUUUCACUGGUCAUUCUGACGUGUUGCCCCUACCGACUUUAGGAUUUUAUCUUUUUUUUUGUUUGUUUGUUUCGUUUCCUGACUGAGCCACCAGUAUUUAUAUCUGGAGAGUUUGUGCUGAGCUGGUUUCUAAUAAUUUAGAGGUAAAAUAUAUAUAUCUGAGUUGGCGACGACCUGUUUUUAUUUUCAUGAGGGCAAACUUGUCUGCCGACAUACGACACCACCUGCGCAGUAUAUUGCACUCUAGUGCUAGUCGUCUAAAGGGCAAGAGGCUGUGUGUGUGUGAGAUUUUAUUAAACUAAAAGCCAACCCACCCCAAAGGACCCUUUAAAUACUUUGGCUGAUUGGUUAAAUUUGUUCCUACCUCGCUGUGGUAGCACGCCAAGAUGUCUCUGUUUGACAAAUGGUCCCUCCUAGGGAAGGCCGAGAAUGAGAAAGUGUUCAGCUGUAGUUCGUAAGUGCAGUGUCCCCCUAACUGAGCCUGAUUCCAGAUUGGUUAGGCAGCAAGAGAACCUCUUGAGAAUGGAUCAUGACAGGAUUGGAUUCCUGGAGCCCAAAGCUGUUGGGUCAGAGCUUCUGCGAACCCAGCUGUUUCGGCGACAAUUCGUGCCUAUCAAGUAGAACUUGACCCAUAAAAUGUGGAAGGGGUAGAGUGUUUUUUUUUUGCUUCAUCCUCCCAUCCCCAAGUGUCUCUCUGUGUUUUUCGUUUACCAGGCAGAGGCCUUCUCCCAAAAGGCUUCUGCUGGUGUUUUGGAUGGCAAAGGGUUCAGCUCCAGCUGUUCUCUUUUCCUCCCAUGCAUUCACAUCCUCUGUGUGGUUGGAUCACUGUUGAAAACCUGUCGGUCUCGAUCCAAGGCUCAAGCGCACUUACCGGAAGCUUGCUUUUACAUCAUCCCUUUCUGCUUGCAGAUCCUGAGCUGGAUGCUGAACGUAGACCCUGAAUUGCAUGAUGAUAAAUAAUUUUUUAACACUAUAACUCGCCACCAACAAAAAUGUGAAGUUGAAGGCAUAAGCCAAUAGUUAGUUUUCUUUAUAAAAGAAAACACAUUGUACACAGUUUUUACUCCAAAGAAUAGCAGGAGUAGCUUUUUUGGGGCUUCCUUUUAAUUGUUAGGACACAAGAUCCUAUUCAUACUGCAGGUCUCUUCACAAACCACUGUCGGGUGUUGUGGGUAGAAUACCUGUACCCCAGGUUAAGGCAUGUUAAGGUGUGCGUAUACAUCUCAUGCAGACAUGUACCAAGUGUGUACACAGGGUUGCUUGCUGUACCACUGACUGCUUUUGUCUGGGAAACAAAUGAAUAACAAAGUACCAAAUCUUUGGUCCACUGGUGUUUGAGUACCUUGUCCAGAUUUUUUUUUAAUUGAUAGAAAUUUGGGGGAGGGGGAUGUCAGAUCCUCAAAGGUGUUCAAAGAAGGCAUUUAGUUAAAGCGAUCUUUCCGCGCCGCCGAAUCUUCUAAAAAAGAAGCUCGGUUAUCCUGGCAAGUUGUGGGUGUGUCCAUUGAAGCUGGGCCCAGUGGUCAGUAGCGGAAGGAAAAUGGGACUUUGAUUUGGGGCCUUCAAGUCAUAUGGGAUCACACAAAGCGGGCGGGAGAGUACAACAUAGAUUCUGUUGUGCAAGUAACUACAGAAAGGACAGUACAACUGUGCAGGGAAUCAAACUGUUGCAUGAUCCCCAUUCACUUCAGCAGGGUUACACAGGAGAAGCUUCUAGUGAACUAGGCCCAGAGUGAAUGGAGAGCUUAGGAAAGCAGAUCUCUUUUUUAAAAAGAACAAUACCAUUUCUCAUAAUUCAAUUUCAUUCUCUUUCAUUGUUUGUUUGUCGAUUCAUAGCAUUCGAAAAUAGGCUAGAACUUCCUUCUUCUGGUACGGUGUGCACAAAGUGUCAUCUUCGGUAUGCUUACCUCAAAAAGAUCCUGCUUCAUUUUCCCUUUCAUCUGGUGUCAGAAUCACAUGGCCAGUGCAUGAUUUGUUGCUUUUUAAUUGAUUAUUAUUAUUAUUAUUAUUAUUAUUAUUGUCAUUAUUAUUAGCACUUCUCUAGCCGCCUUAGCCCCCAAAGGGUUCUCAAGGUGGCUUACCAAUUCUAAAACCAAGUUGUACAAUCCAAACCAAUGUGGCAAAUGAAGGCUGCUUGAUAAACACGGAUUUAUUUUAUUUCAAUCUCCCCCAGCAGUAUCUUCAGCAGUACGUCUGAGAUGGCAAAGGUCUGUCCGAAACAGCUGCGUUUUCACCUCAGAUGCCGCUAUUUCUGCAAUUCAUGAAACCUGCACAUUUUAGCAAUUUCUUUGUGAUUUUCACCUAUUCGUUGACUCUUUAGCAAGCAAUCUCCUCCGUUUCACCACAAAGUUCACCUUCCUCCCAGUUUCCACAUUAUGUGUUUUGUAGAACUAGGGGGGCUUGUUUGCGCUGCAGUUUCCUGCAUCUGGCGCCUCCAUUUCACGAGCCGUGACUUCUUUUUCAUUCUCUGGUGGUCUCCUACUAAUCCUGUUUGUGGUUUUCCGUGUUCUUGGAAUGUAUUUCUCAGCCAACCAAUCCACUUACCCGUUUUGCCGUGGCCUGCUUUGGUGUUGCCACCUGAGUUUUGUUCUAGAUAGCAGAACAAUGUCUGACGCAUGUUUUUGAUCUAAGUCAAUCUGCUUGCUUUGAUCAUGCUUGGAAGUUGGAUCUCCAGGUCCAGGGGAUACUUUUGUCAUCCUUGUGAAAAAGGGCAAGGGCCAUUGAGCUCAGCAAAUGAAUCUGGAAUUUCGUUUGCUGCAUUACAGCCAGUGUUCCAGAUAGUUAGAAAGCAUCACGUCCUCUGCAUGUAACAUGAGUGAACAGGUAUGUAAAGAGCAGGACUGUAUCUACUAGCCCCCACCUUGUGUGGUCAGCCAUGUACUGGCAGACUAUGCCCUUGGGCCAGAGGCGGCGGGAGGGAAAGAAUGGUGCCCGGGACAACACCUGCUCCAGCGCCCCCCCUGCUCCACCCAGGCACCCCCCCCCCCACUUACCUUCAUUGGCAGGAGCCUGCUGUGGACCACCCUGUGACUUGGCCCUGCCAGGCUGCUCCUUUGGCUGGCGGAAGCGCUACAUGUCCCCCACAUGUGACCCCCCGGUGUCCCCAUGAGCGCUCUGCCUUGGGCUUCAUCUGUGUAACCAGAAGUUCUACUUUUCUGGGACUCCUGACAAAGUAGACAACUCUGAUCCCUCAUUGUGUGUGCAGCUGUGUAGAUGAAUGUCUUGAUCAAAUGGCUGAUACGUAAGCCUCAAGUAAAUGUCUGGUACAUAUCAGGCCUGUUGCUUUUGAAUGGCUUAUUGUAUAUAUUUCUAUAACAGGAAAAAGUACACCACAAGAGGGGGAUCUUCCCCAUUUUGUUUGGCUUCAGGGUACCAUCUUAACUGUGAACUUGUCCAGAAAUGCAAAAAUUCCUUUCUUUGGGUGCUGGAGAACCUUACCUUCCUCCAGAUGUUGAUCUAUUCAAUAAUCUCCCAAACCUUGACAAGCUGUGGAGCAUCAGGAAAUAAUUUGUCUGUUUGGGCCGCCCUCUACCUUCCUUGGAUAUUUGGCAAGUAGACGGAAAGUUGACCAAGUGUAUAGGUCAUGGGACCUCCUAUCUAGAACUGGCAUCAAGAAGCAGUUCUGUGAUGCUCCCUGAUGUAGAGCAGCCCCUAUUGUACUUUGUUGCUGGCUCAACAGCUCUCUCUGCUGGAAAUUCUCGAUUGAGGAGUCAUCCCACACCAGUUUAUUGUUAACUCUGCUCUCUCUCAAUUAUAACAAGUCCCUCUUGCAAACAAGAAUUUCCACAGGAACCUUUGCUUUUCAAUCGAAAGCAUCCCUUUUCAGCUCGGUUGGCAAAUAGAUCUCAAGUUAGUCCUGCCCAUGUCUUUCCUACGGUCCUGACUAUACUAGGCUCACUUUUCUCUCUCCUGUUCUCCCCACCCUUCCUUUUUCUGAUGCACAAAAAUUAAGUGCUCAUUUUUUUUGCACAGCAUCUUGCUAUGUGACUGGCAUGUAUGUUGCAGAGCAAGAUCUGGUGUACCACAGACCACCGGUGCGCCAUCUUUUAAGGUAGACCCAUAGAUGUGGCUGGCACAGUCAAUUAAUUGUCGUACUUCCUGAAUUUAAUAAUUCAGCUAUGCCAAUCCUUUCUUCACCCCAUCUCUUCAGUGAUGCACACUUUAACUUGUCUUCCGUUUAUAUUUCACAACGACAGGGCUCACCCACUGGUGGUCCCUGGGCCAAAAUCUGGCUAUCUGAAGGAUGCCACCUAAUUCUCAGUGUCCAAUGCAGAGUAAAAAAAAUGUGGUAAACUACAGGCGUUGCAGGCAUGCCAUUCAGAAGGUAGGCCUGGCAGCCUCACUGUUCUCCCCCCACCUCCCAACCCCCUUAUCAGUGUUCAUGCAAAACCAGUUGCUGAUGCAGCCGCUUGGCUUUUGCAUGGUGGGCUCACAUUGUCAGAGGGAGACUGGGGGGCAGGCAAGGAGCCUCCAAAUUCUCUUGUAAAAUUGACUACCACAUGGGUUUAUUUAAGGUUUCAAUAUUUGAGUUGAGUAAUUUUUUGACUAAAUUUGUGUGUGUGUGUGUGCACAUGUGCAUAUCUGACAGAGCGCCUCUUGAAUCCUCCGACGGACAUGUUGGGCUGGCCGGAUAAGAUUGCCACUUGGACUUCACCGCCACAAAUUGGUUUAAAAACGACCCCACCCGAUGAAGUGUGCGUUCUAAUUUAAUUCUCUUCUCCUUCCCCUCCUGAUUGUUCAAAACUCAGGUACCAGCUUUAGCAUGGAAUGUCAGGUCACAUGGUUUUCGUUUACUUUUAUAGUAUCAUUAACUGUACAAAAGCAGAACCCAGCACGGUCCCCGAAACGUUAACGGGCCGAGCGGAACCCGGGCUCCUCGAGGCUUCCGUCGUCACUUUGGGAGUUCUUUUCGUUGAGGACCUCAGCUCAGUGGACAUUCUGCCAAUCUGUGCACAUUGGUUCAGUCUACGCUUAGUAUGUGUGAAGUUCAGUUAUCCGACGCUAGCAUGAUACCUUCCAAAGGGAAGAAAUUUUAACUGAAGAAAAAAAAAUAUUGGGGAAAAAAAUGUACUGGAAAAUAUGGUAAAGAAACCCACAUUCUGUUGUAUUUUGACAGAAUUAUUUUUAUUAAAAUAUACAUCCAUGUGCA